CGCGCCAUGGCGCCCGGCCGCAGCAGGCCUGCGCGGCACGGCCUCCACAACCCGGCCUUCCAGCACGACGAGUCGUCGGCCAGCCGCUCGUCAACGGGAGAGGUGCAGUCCCGGACUCCGUGCGAUCUACGAGCGGCAGCCUCGACAUGUCCAGCCUGGCGGGACGAAGACGGCGGCUUCCAACCGUUCGAGGCGUCCAGCCGAGACCGGGAAAAGGCUGGGGCGUCGCCGCCGGACGGGCAGCACGCCACCGGUCAGGUGUUGUCGUCCGCUCACCUCGGUCGAGACGACCCGCUGCCGGACGAGCUGCUGGCGCCGGAGCUGUUUCGGUCCGCUAGCCCGUUGGACAUCAUCCCCGAGAUGGCCGACGAGAAGGACCAUGCCGAUGCGAGCCGUGAGAAUGCUGGCACGGAGCGGCGCCAGGCUGACGCGCGCGAGCGGCCGUCAAGGACGCGCGUGAGGCGAGGAGACCACACUGACAACGCUGCUGAGCUGGAGCAGCGAGCCGAAACAGCGCCGGAGCGGUCUCACAAUCCGGAGGCCGCCGCCCGGCCAGAUGAGGUUCCGCAGGCGUCGCCGCACUCCCCAACCGGUCACAAGCGUCUCCGGCCGUCCAGGUUACGCCUUUGGCCGCACGCGCACCACCGGAGCGCGCCGCUCGCGCACGAGCCGGCCGCCGAACGUCCCUGGUUCCAGCGGCUGACGGGACGCCACCGGUCCGCCGCUGACCACUUCUCUGACCCGCUGGUGCCGGAGCGGGGCGACGAUGCAGAGGAGAGGGCCUCGACGCACACUGCACGCCGUCACCGCACGCGGUUUGGAGUGGGCCGCGGCGGCCGGAGGCGGGCCUCGAAGGGCUCGUCAGCGGACGACGAGCGCAGCAGCAGCGUCGACAGCGCGCCGCCGGCGCCGGCGCCGGCCGCGCGGCGUUGGGCUGUCAUACGCGAGACCUUCGACAUGGACGUACCGCUGUCGCAUCAGUGGAACUUCCUCGAGUCAGUUGGGCAGAGCUUCCCUACGGUGGACGCGAAGUCGUACCAGGAGCACGUGCGCCAGCAGACGCCCGUCACCAGCUCCUCCAGCGAGGAGGAGGUGCCAGACCCGCAAGAAGCGCGGCUCAUGCUCAAGCUGGCCCAGUCUAAAGACAUCAGACCAGACAAGACGCCAACGCUCGAGACGCUCGCCAACGCGGUUCACCGCCGCAAGAGCGGCAGCGUCGAACGGAAGAGUCUGCCGCCGGAGAAGAGAUCGCCGUCGGCGGCCGACAGCGCGACCCCAACGCUGUCGGAGCAGGAGCGCCGUGCAGCCAGCUGCCCACCGCCGGAGAGCGGGGCAGGGGCAGGCGCGGCAGACGGUGCGGAGGCGGCGCCGCACGACAGGCGGCACUCCCUUCUCGGGUGGCUGCUGCCAACGCAAGGCCGCGGCGGGCGCAGGGCCUCCGUGCCUGUCCGAGUGCCCGAGACGCCAGCCGUCGAGUCAGCGGUCCACGUGAGAGGCGCUACCUGGUUCCAGCAGGCGGCUGACGACGAGCCCGUCGACGUCGCGAAGAUCCCGACGCCGGAGCGGGCGCGGCAGCGGCGCGCCACCGUCGCCGAGGUGUCACUCAACCACUUCUUGGAGGACGUGGACCAGCGGGCGCGCGAGCUUCGCGAGGAGGAGUUCUGCGGCGCCGACCCGUACCAGGUGCUGUCGCCCAGCCAGCUGGAGGUCGACGAUGACCACGUGGUGCCGAUGGUGGACUCACAGCGCUGCGUGAAGCUGAUGCUGGCGGAUGCCGAGUGGCGGCUCCAGCGGGAGUACGACCAGACGCCGACGCCGACGCCGACCUCGUACCGGUCGUCCCGUUCGGCCACGCCGGAGAUGCGGGAGCUGUCUGGCUCGGCCGACAGUCCGGCAGAACGGUCGCCAAGGAGCGACGACCGGCAGACUCCGUCUGGCUCGUCCCUGUCCGGAACGGUGCAGGGCUUGCCGGCGACCGUGCUCGCAUCACUUUCGAGUUUGAAGACUGACUCGACAUCUCCCCCGAAUUACAUAGCCGCCUCCGCACCUUUGCUGGAGCCUGACACUGCUUCAGUGCCGUCUUCCAAAUACGACUCCGAGGCUUCCUCGAAAUGUCAGCCAUUGGCGAAGCCUUCCCCGAAGCAGCAGCGUUCACCAACAUGUCUCGCUAAUAUUGCAGCAGCAUCCGAAGGUUCUGCAAAAUUAAGCAGAUCGCCAGCUGUUUUCUCGAAGCAGCCAGUGCCAUCCUGCCCAUCUCCAUUGUACAACGCGGCACACUCAUCCACGAUUACAUCAUCCAAUUCUAAAAUCGCACCACCUGCACAAACACAGCAGAGCAGUUCGCCACCAGGACCGUCUAAACAUGACGAACCGGCGCCCAAUGCCCCGAGCUCCCAACUGGCAGUGGUUGUCUACCGGCCGCCCCCUAUCACACCCGCACGCCUGUUACAGACCACUCUGUGUCCGGAGACCAAUCCACACCAGGAGACGAGCCCGGGUCAGUCGACGACCUCGCGGGCGGUGCAGACCUCGCCCGGCACCGUCUCGCCGGUGGGUGCGGCCCCGGAUGCCGACAGCGGCCGCACGGCCAGCCAGGCGGUGCAGACGUCCCCCGCCGAGCCCGCUGGACCGGCGUCGCGGCCCAGCAGCGCCGAUCAACCAGCAUCGACCUGA